AUGGCUGAGACAGUAGGUAUAAUAUCAAGAGAUGAAGAGGCGAUCCAAAAUAACAUCGAUCAUGAAGACCCAUUUCUGAAUCAUGAUGUAAUGACAUCCUCUGUUUACUCUGCCAGCCCUUCAUUAUCCAGUCUUAAUGAAGAGAAGGGAAGCUCAGCUGUGCCAGAAAGACUGUCCACCCUCUCCAGCAAGACUGUGGCUGAGGCAAAAGCCCUGACUGGCCCAAAGGUGUUUAGUGGUGGCCAGGCACAGAGAACAGCCUCUGGGUUGGCUGAGCAUCACCCAACAGUUGUAAAUAUGCUGUCAGGUGACUCACCAUACACUGUGAUAGUUGGUAACCUACAGCCUGUGAGCAUUACCUCUCUGUGCUUCAAAAGCCCCUGCUGUGAUGGUAGCCCAAGUUCGGUGGUGCCACAGGUCCCAAGGGUGCCUGAUGAGGCUGAUGAGUCAACUGGGACUGUCACUGCACUGCCAGGGACCGACCCUAAGGGCUGCCACACACAGCAGGCAGGGAGCAGCCCCAUGGGCAAUCCAGUCCCUUGUGGCCUGGGCCAGGUGAUUUGGAUGAAGACCACGAAAGUAAUGGAGACCUUAGAAAAUAAGAAAAAGGAGGAAAAGGAGAAGUAUCGUCUUCAACUAGCUAUGUACCGACGGCUUCUGCUCUUGCGCUCAAUCAGGAGCUUGCAUAAGCAACUGGAGCAACAGCAGGCCAGAUUGCAGGAGUGUUAUGGCACAGUAAUAAAUACCAAGAAAGAAGUGUUGAAACACAUUCGCUCAACCCCGUCCUCAUCCUCACCAUAA